GAUGUAUCCCGUAUAUGACAGGUUAUGGCAACUGCAGCCGUGAACACUUUCGAUUCUUCUGUUGAGAUCGUUAACGAAGAAUGUCUGUCUCUUCAAGCAAUUCUAGGCGCAGAUAUUCUGCUUUGCACUGUGGAACCUGUCGGUGUACACAUAGUCGUCCAUGUUAAGGCUGAGAUGCUCGAUGUUCAUUUGCUUCUGGGACUUGAUGAGCAGGCACUUUCUCUUUAUCCUGACCAAGUUAUACCCACAAUUGCUAUUCAGGCAACAGCUCAGUCUCUUAGUCAAGAAAGCGUAUCCUCCAUUGAGACCUCCUUGAGCCAACUGGCUAACGAGCUACUGGGUCAGCCAAUGCUGUUUCAAUUGAUUGAACAUUGUCGGGAAAGGCUACUGGAUUUGGCAGAAGCUACUGCAUCACAGAAUGAUAAGACAAUGCAGACAGACACUCAGACCGGUGAACAGUUGCAACUAAACAGUUUCUCUGGUCGUCAAACAGAAGAGAGACAAGACGAAAUACUAUAUAAAGUCGAAUGCAAUGCUGAAUCAGGGGACAAUGUCGAAGCUGGUCAAAAAUUUGGCAUAUUUGGUGAUAGUGCACCAUCUCUUUCAUGUGACAAGAUACAAGCUCGAGAACUGGCAGUAGUCAAGUCGACUUACAAAUCCUUCAAGAUGUUGGAAUCAGCUCUUGAACACAAAUUUGAAGUGACGUUAGCAGCAACACCAUACGUGUUGACUAACAAGAUUGCUGCUUGCCUGUUAUUUGUGAUGCCUCCAGACUACCCAUACGACAGUCUUCAGGUGGCAGUAACUAUUGUGAAGGGAAAGAAGAAAGGUUGGCAGCGAGUUGCCCUUCAACGUUACUUGAAUAAAGUUGCAAGUCAAGCGAGAGGUCGCACUUGCACAGGCGAAAUAAUAAAAUGUGCAAAGUCUUGGCUCCAGCAUAGAAAUGCUGCUCUACUUAUAGAAGACGGACUUGGUUAUUACGCACCCGCUUCUGCAAAACCUCCUCCAACUGUAGUUACAGAGCUUGAUGCGUUUGAGCUUAGAGGCAAAAUGCUGCUGGUGAACUUGACAUGUGCAACUAUGCUGAGUAAGAUUGAUUAUCUUAACGAGUGGGAUGAAAGAAAACUCAGAAUUAUUGACUCAGCUUGGGAGGUUGCUUAUAGUGAUCCAGAAUUUAUUUUGAAGUUGGCGUACCACAUCAGAAAUGAAUUGAAUAUUCGGUCGACUGCAAAUUUUCUUCUUGCUAUGGCAUGCGCUUUUCCUAUUACCAAGCCAUUCAUUCGUUCUUACUUCUGUGCUAUAGUACGGCUGCCAUCAGAUUUACUGGAUGUUGUUCGGACUUAUAAGCGUCUUCCUCUUGGUCGUCUGACUGAUCACCAUUCACUACCAAACUGUUUGCGCGCAGCUGUUUGUCGAAAGUUUCAGGAGUUUGAUGAGUACCAAUUGGCCAAAUAUUGUAGUGAGGGAAACAGGAAGAGGACGCUGAUGAAGAGAGCUAAAACCAGUCGUUACUUUGCUGCCAUGUUGCAGAGACGUGUCGACAAAAUAGUAAAGUCGCGUAAAAUGGAGUUGUUUGCCAGGCUACCAUACUUGACCAUGAAACACAUCAUUCGACAAGUUCAUAUUCACGAACCAAGGGAGUUAGUAAUGAAGGUUCUAGGACUUAAAUAUCCUAAGUCAGAGGAUGAAUUUUCAAAGUCUGGUCUUACUGGUGAAUGGGAUAUGACAAGAGCCGGUAAGCGAAUGAAGCUAGUGACACCAUACACUUGGGAGGCUGUAUUGUCUCGUGAUGGAAACACGGCUGAGUCAUGGGAAAAGCUCAUUGAAAGUGGUCGGCUCCCUUUUAUGGCAAUGGUGCGUAAUAUACGCAACUUUCUCAGAGCAGGAGUGUCUCCAAAGCAUCAUAGAAUGGUUCGUGAUCGUCUCAAUGAUACUAAUCAGGUUGUUCGAUGUCGAAUGUUUCCUAUUCAAUUUGUUUCUGUUUAUGAUGCCGUGGCUGUAAAUUUGAAAACUCUGUCAAGACUUCACAAAAUCUAUUGUCAGUUGCAGAAGAAAGAAAAGGCAAGAAAACGGAAUGAUAAAAGUCUUUAUCAACGAGGUGUUAUUGAUGAUGCCGGUAUAAAGAAACGACUUUUAAGCAGAAAGAAGCGUGUCAGAAAGCAAAUUCAGACCAGGACUGGCAGGUCUCAGAUUGUGCUGCCUAAACACAUGCCAAACCCUAAAUUGCUGCAAGAAUACAGAGAAGCCUUGAAUUUAUGCAUUGUUUGUGCAGCUAAUCAUAAUGUUCAACGUAUUGAGAGGAAAACCAUCAUUUUCUGUGAUGUAAGUCAUAGCAUGUGCAAACGAUGGUCGUCCUACCCAACUAAGAGCACUGCUCGGCGAUUGUAUGAGGCUGCAUUACUGAUUGCAUUGAUGGUUCACCGUGCAAGUGUCGAGUGUGACAUUUGGUUGUUUUCAGAGACGAGUGUUCGGCUACAAAUUGAUUCUUCUCUUGGACCUCUUGAGAAUUUGAAGAUCAUUGAGAAGAAAUAUUGGGUGCAACCAGGCAGUGGCUGUUCUUUGGGAAUGACGACCAAGUUUCCGUUUAGUGUUAUAGACAAGUUGAUGAGGGAUCGGAGGGCUGUUGACCAAUUUGUUGUGCUUAGUGAUAUGCUUAUUGAAUCGUCUGUUCAUCGCAAAGAUUUUGUGAAUCCUCUUACUGACCAGUUGAAACGCUAUAGACAAUGCUGUAACAACGAUGCUCUCUUUGUAUGUGUGGACUUGAGUGGUCAAGGGAACAGCUUAACUGACCCAGCUGGAAACGAACUGUAUCGCGGUGAUCGAGAGGACAGAGAUGUUCUGAUCACUGGCUAUAGCGACCAUAUACUUCAGUUCCUAGCAUUGCAGGGAUCUCCUCAACUAGAUGCUGUCGAAGCAUGCACAGUACACAGUUGAAAAUACUUGCUCUGAAUGCCAACACACUCUAC